AUGUCACAACCAAUUGAUUUAUAUCUCUUGACAUAUAAUUGCAACAAAAGAUCUUUGGAUGCAGAAAACUUUGUAUCUAGACUUCUUGAAACAUUCCCAGAUGAACCUGCUCAGCUAUAUGUUGUUGGAGUGCAAGAAUUGUGUAGUAUAUUAGAUGGAUGCUUUGAAGAAAGCGCUAGUCGUCAUCUUAUAGCUCUUAAUGAAGUGUUGAUUGAAGCACUUCAAGAGAAAUAUGGCCGUGAGACGGUUCUGGGAUUUCAAACCGUGGGGAUGGAACAUGUUGGAGCCAUUGGAAUGGUUGCAAUCACCCCAUUCCCUCUGAAAUUCCAUCAUGUGAAGCUGGCUAGAGCAGGUUGUGGAUAUCUACAAUCAUCCAUGAAGGGAGCUGUGGCGAUUAGAAUGUCAUAUUCACCCCUUGGCCGCUACUCGGGCCAGUCAAACACCAGCAGAAAGGAAACUACCGAGCUUACGUUUGCCAGUGCACAUUUGAGUGCCUAUGAAGGUGAAGUUUACUAUAGACGGAGAAACUCUCAAGUACAUGACCUCAUGCGAGGUCUUGACUUUGGCGAUGGAUACGGGUUACUCAAGCCAAGUUCUCAUUGCUUUUUCAUGGGUGAUUUGAAUUAUAGAACCACCAAGAAAUUCGAUGUAAAUGAUAAUUGUCUGAAGGAUCUUUUCAAACUUCAAGACCAACAAAUACAAUCUACUCCUACCAUUGAAUCUUUGGUACUUCAAUAUGAUGAGCUUACCAUGGCUAGAGCCAAUGGUGAAGUAUUCACCGGGUUUGGUGAGGGAUGUAUAGAUUUCGCACCAACUUAUAAAUAUCAAAUAGGAACCGCGAUAUAUAAUCCUAAACGGUCACCAUCUUGGUGUGAUCGGAUUUUGUUCCAAUCUACCUAUAAACACCCUGAAGGUGGAACUAUUCAACAAAAGGCAAAAUUGAGAAAAAAUGGUGACGUGGCGGAAAGACUCCCCAAAAUCCACCGCUAUAAUUCAAUCAAGACCAUCAAUUCAGACCAUCAACCUGUAUAUUUGAAUUUAACAGUACCAUUUGAAGCACCAGAAUCCAUCAUUUCUUCAACUGGAUAUCUUCAAAUACUCCCUAGUUCAACCCCAAAUUCCCAUUAUCGUCACGAUGAAGCUGAAGAAGAAGAUUUACUUCUUAGAACUAAUACCACCUCAGAAGUAAUUAGUGGUCCGACACAAAUAUACAUGCUGCCAACGAAAUGGGAUACCUUUGUUCAAACUUAUGUUCGAUGGUUUACAGACCGUGCUAUAGGUUAUGGAUUAUGGUUUGGAACUGUCCCCAAGGGCCGAAUCUCCGUAUUAGUGUUGGUCUUAUUGAUUUGGGGGAUAUAUUCUAUAAAUUGA